AUGUUCUUUGCCCAAGGGUCAUUCUUCAACAUUGGUGGAUUUUUGCAUGCAGUCGCCGGAGGGAAAAGCCAUCAAAUUGAUUUGAAAGAGAUCCUUUUAGCCAGAGGAACGCCCACUUCACAUGGCACCAGGCCUCUACUGGCGAUUAGAGACAAUAUGAUGGUGAAACAAACAACUUCGGAUCCGUCCCAGAACAGGGACCUGGCGGUAGCAAAGCGUGAUCUAGAUACAGCCGUUGGUAAGGUCUCGUCCGUGUCGAAAGGUUUCCUUGACCCCGGAGGCUCUAUGGCCAAAGAAUCAUAUGCAGAACCGGUUGACGAGCUCGGAAAGGUGUCAGAAGACCAGAUCGAAGACGCAGCCAAAUCGGAUACCUUCACAAAGCUUAUCGCCUGCGGGCAGACUUUGUGGUUUGCGACCAAUGUGAUUUCCCCAUUUAGCGAGUGUGAAGCGGUCACUCUACUCGAGGUCAGUACACCGGCCUUAUGCCGCUUGGUGGAAGAAGCCCCAAAGCUGUACUCUUCCGAUAUCCGUCAGCUGCACAGAGGAAGGAAUUCCAAUCGAGCCCCAUAG